UCAAAUCUGACUCCUAUAAUAGUCAUUUAAAACGUGUGAUUCCAAAGCCGGCUCUCAAAAGCUACAUGCCCAUAAAAGAUUACAAACUAUCAUCAUAUUGUACUGUUACAACCUUUUUCCAAGAAUCUUCAAUCUUGUCAUUUUGUUCUAUCUUCUUUCUGAGCUCCGGUAUCCAUGGCUUCCCAAAUGAAAAUAUUCCAUAAAUGGGCACUUUUAUUAUCGUCAUUACCUCUUGUUGCCUUAAUCUUUAUCUUCUAUGCCAAUAGCAUAUUCUUUAAUAUACUUUCCCAACAACAAAUAUUCACCGGAAAGGAGAACAAAGCGAAAGAGAACAUGCAAUACUUCCCCACGUUACAAGAAAAGGUUGACGAAUUGGCUUCAUUAGAUGAUGGAUACGAUAGUGAUCCAACGAUUCCUCCAGAAAACCUCACGAAAGACGAAAGAAGCGAGUGGUUCAAGCAAAGACUUCCUCAGGUUGAGAUACUCGGUUCAACAAACUUGACCAAGCAAUUUCAUGGCCGGGUAUUGGAGUUUCUAAGCAGUGGCUGCGGCAUCCAAUUCUACAUGGUUUGGUUCUCACCGGCGAAGUUCUUCGGAACCCGAGAUUUCUUGGCCAUAGACACCCUAUUCAAUUCCCACCCUCAAGGUUGCUUGAUGAUCAUAUCAAGAACCAUGGAUUCCACACGAGGUUACAGGAUCCUAAAACCAUUACUGGAUCGAGGUUUCAAAGUUCUGGCUGUAACUCCAGACUUGCCCUUCCUAGUGAAGAACACCCCAGCUGAAGCUUGGCUUGAAGGGCUGAAGAGCGGCAAGAAAGACCCUGGUUUUAUCCCAUUGCCACAAAACCUCUGCAACCUCAUUAGACUUACGGUUUUAUACAAAUAUGGAGGUGUUUAUUUGGACACAGACAUCAUAAUUCUGAGAGAUUUCUCAGAGCUGAGGAAUUCAAUAGGAGCACAAAGUAUAGAUCCAGCAACAAAGCAAUGGACAAUACUGAAUAAUGCAGUAAUGGUGUUUGAUAUGAACCAUCCAAUUCUACUUGAUUUUAUGAAGGAGUUCUCAUUAACUUUCAAUGGAAACAUAUGGGGAUUCAAUGGACCAUUUUUGCUCACUAGGGUUAUGAAGAGAGUCGGAAGUGAUUAUAAUGUUACGGUGCUGCAACCGGAGGCGUUUUAUCCGGUGGAUUGGUUUAAGAUUCACAGACAUUUCAAGAAGCCGGAGAUCGCGGCGGAGCGUAAAUGGAUUAAAAGCUCACUGAAUGAGCUUAAUGGUAAUGGUGGAAAUAUUUAUGCAUUGCACUUAUGGAAUAAGAGAAGCAAAAAGUUGAAGGUUGGAGAGGGAAGUGUCAUGGAAAGAUUAAUCUUAGAUCAUUGUGUCAUUUGUGAGAACAUAUAUGCCUAAACAUCAGGAAAUUUUUUAUUCAACAAUAAUUUUUUAUUACAUAUUUCCCAAUCCUCACGCAUAACGAUUGGAAUUGUUUGUAAGUUAGGAAUAUCUUCCCAUUUUUUUAUCUUUUCUUUUCCGUAUAUAUAUAUAUAUAUUGUCUGUUUGUUGAGAAAAGCUUUGUAGAACGGUCGCACUAGUUGAUGUGUAU